CCGGCCUGGGGCGGCCCUUUGCCUAUUGCCCCGAGCGAAGGAGGAGUCAGGCGGCCCCAGGUACCCACUGCUGCGGCGGGUGGAGGCGGAGAGCUUGCGGGGGGGCUUCAGUCCCCCUUCCCCGGCAGCGCCCCCUUCUCCGCGGAGCCCGGCGCCUCCCGUGGGGCGGGGAGCGGGACCAGCUACGGCCGGGCAAACGGGAGCCGCUGGCUGCGUGUCCCACUGGAGGGGCGAAGAUGGCGCUGAACGGCAGCAGGCAGCCCCCCAGCCUGCUCUUCCUGCUGGCUCUGACCCUCCCGCUAGCGCCGCCAAGCCGGGCAGAGGACACCGCGCUGCCCCCCAUCCCUGCAGAUAAACUAUUAGUUCUGACUGUAGCAACUAAAGAAACAGAUGGCUUUCACCGCUUCAUGCAAACUGCAAAGCACUUCAACUAUACAGUGAAGGUUCUUGGUAAAGGUGAAGAGUGGAAAGGUGGAAAGUUAAUUAACUCUAUUGGAGGAGGACAGAAAGUGCGAUUGCUGAAAGAAGGAAUAGAAAGCUAUGCUGAUCAAGAGGACUUGGUUGUAAUGUUUAUUGAAUGCUAUAAUGUUAUCUUUGCGGGUGGCCCUGAAGAGGUGCUAAAGAAGUUCCAGCAAGCUAACCAUAAAAUAGUAUUUGCAGCAGAUGGACUAAUAUGGCCCGAUAAAAGAUUAGCAGACAAGUAUCCCGUUGUCCGGAGUGGAAAACGAUUCCUUAAUUCAGGAGGAUUUAUUGGUUAUGCUCCCUAUAUAAACCAAAUGGUACAGCAAUGGAACCUGCAGGAUAAUGAUGAUGACCAGCUGUUUUAUACCAAAAUCUAUAUUGACCCACUGCAGAGGGUGCGUAUUAACAUUACUUUGGACCACAAGUGCAGAAUUUUCCAGACCUUGAAUGGAGCUGUUGAUGAAGUUCUUCUGAAAUUUGAGGAAGGAAGAGCAAGAGCUAGGAAUUCAGUGUAUGAGACGCUGCCCAUCACUCUGCAUGGAAAUGGCCCCACGAAAAUUCAGCUCAGUUACUUUGGAAAUUAUAUCCCUAAUGCUUGGACACGUGAAACUGGAUGUGGUGUUUGUGAUUUAGAUUUACUAGACUUAUCCACGGUUAUAGAACAUCCAAGGGUUACAAUUGGUGUUUUUAUUGAACAACCAACACCUUUCCUACCUAAAUUUUUAGACAGACUGUUGACUUUGGAUUACCCAAAGGAACUACUUAGUAUCUUCAUUCAUAAUAAUGAGGUUUAUCAUGAAAAGCACAUCAAGAAAUUUUGGGAGAAAGCCAAGAAGGCUAUCAGAAGUAUAAAAAUUGUUGGACCAGAGGAGAACCUGAGUCAGGCAGAAGCCAGGAACAUGGGAAUGGAUCUUUGUCGCCAGAAUAAAGCAUGUGACUAUUACUUCAGCAUAGAUGCGGAUGUUGUGCUGACAAACCCGAAGACUUUAAGACUUCUGAUAGAGCAAAACAGAAAGAUAAUUGCUCCACUUGUAACUCGCCAUGGGAAGUUAUGGUCCAACUUUUGGGGUGCUUUAAGCCCUGAUGGCUAUUAUGCUCGCUCCGAAGAUUAUGUGGAUAUUGUCCAAGGAAACAGAGUAGGAGUCUGGAAUAUCCCUUAUAUGGCUAAUGUAUACUUAAUUAAAGGACAGACUCUCAGAUCAGAGAUGAGAGAGAGAAACUAUUUUGUCCGUGAUAAGUUGGAUCCUGAUAUGGCACUCUGCAGGAAUGCCAGGGAAAUGAGUUUACAAAGGGAAAAAGGCUCCCCUUCUUCGGAAACCUUCCAUAUGCUCAGACCCCCAAAGGUGUUGCUUUUUUUUAUUCAUUAGUUUUCACUAAUACGCAAUACUAGCAAUUAUCCAACAAGUUCUUGGAAUUCAUGGAAGAUGGGAGAGGUUCCAGAGGACUGGAAAAGGGGCAAAUAUAGAAACCGGCCCUACUAGGAAGUUAUAACUGAAAUGUCAUUAGAGGAUCCAUGCCCUGAUGUGUAUUGGUUUCCGAUAUUUUCGGAGAUUGCCUGUGAUGAACUGGUAGAGGAAAUGGAACACUAUGGACAAUGGUCUGGAGGAAAACAUCGUGAUAGUCGUAUAUCUGGAGGUUAUGAAAAUGUCCCAACUGAUGAUAUUCACAUGAAGCAAAUUGGGCUGGAUGGUGAAUGGCUACAUUUCAUUAGAGAGUUCAUUGCACCAGUAACACUAAAAGUCUUUGCUGGCUAUUAUACAAAGGGACAUGCCAUGCUGAAUUUUGUCGUAAAAUACACUACAGACAGACAGCGUUCCCUCAGACCUCAUCAUGACUCCUCUACGUUUACCAUCAACAUUGCUCUCAACAAAGUAGGAGAAGAUUUUCAGGGAGGUGGAUGUAAAUUUAUUAGGUACAACUGUUCCAUUGAGUCACCCAGGAAAGGAUGGAGCUUCAUGCAUCCAGGAAGACUCACUCAUUUACACGAAGGACUUCCCAUUUUAAAUGGAACAAGAUACAUUGCAGUAUCAUUUAUUGAUCCCUAACUUUAUUUUCUUGCUUCUUCAAAACCAGUGGCUGGUUCUUUAUGAUAUAAACUCUUAUUUAUAGUUUUCCUCCCAGAAGAUGGUGAUAAAAGAAACUUUAAAUUACUUCCUCUAGACAGCAGCUUUACUUUGAGCUAAAAGAUUGAAAAAACAACUUAAAAAAAUGUUGGACACUUCCAAAUGUCUGCUCUGAGCCUUAAGUAACAAAGUAAAAAUGUUCUAAUUUUUGUACUCUGCUGUCGUUAAGGGUGGGAUGAGGAGGGAAAAUAGAAAUGCAUUUUAAAAUGAAUCAUUUUUUUCUGUUAUGACAAAUUCCUAGAUACAAAAUUAUCUCCAAAUCUUUUCUUGUGGCUUUUAUUCAGUAAAAUUAUGCAGAUAAAGUUGUGUGUUGUGCAUAUUUUGUAACUUCCAAUAGAAGAACCACACAUAGAAUUAGCAUCAAGUGAAUCCCAUAGCCUAGCAGAAUUGCACACAAAUUUUGGCUUUAAGCAGAAGCAUAUUUUGUGUGUUGAUGUGCACUUCAGCAACACCUCAGUAAAACUUUUAUUAAAAUAUUUAGUUUAUUUUAAAUAUCAACAUCUAUAUCCUCAUAAAGAAAAUAUGCAUUGCAGAGUUUGAGGAAUAGAUCAAAUAAGUUAGAUU